AUGAAUUUCUUCAAAAGACCAUUAGAUAAGGCUCGUCUAGUAAAUUGGGAUCUCUUACGCUUUGGAGUGUUCUCUUAUAAAAAUAUUUCACAGAAUACCAUUCGUACCACAGCGGUAACUUUCCCUAGGAAUCUAAACAAGAUGACACCUAGACUUAUGAUGUACACAGGUGUCAUAGGCAGUGCGCUUUCACUCCAAGAGUUGAAAUCACCUGUUAUCCGUAAUGACUUCAUACUAUCCGCCCAGGAUUUUGGGUUAGCCCGCAAAGACGCGAGUCAAACAAGUGCAAAGCACGCCACAGCAACAAGAGCGCGAUUUAACGGCAAAUUAAAUUACAGACAGCUCUGUGUUGGGUCAAUAUCAGGGUUGACAUUGGGAGUUAUUAUUGGAAAGGUUUCUAAUGUAUUAGCUUUUAUCACAGUUUUUAGUCUCCUCACUUUGCAAUGGUUACAAAAUCGCGGUCUUUUGGAUAAAGGUGCAACAAAGGGUCUCUCUCAAUACAUCGUUAAUACAGGCAGAGAACGGGUUGAUCUAAAUACUCUUGUAUGGGAAAAACCCAGUUUUAAAGUCUCAUUCUUAUUGACCUUUUUCUUGGCUGCCAUAAACGUUUAG